GUUAAGUAGUUUUUGUUGACCGGCAAACGAGCAUGACGUGCUAGCGGAUCGACGGUGGCGCUUUGUCUGGUGUAUUGUUGUUUUACGUUGUACGUUCGUCUAUGUGCGCACCUUUUUGAAUGAGCGGCAAACACGCGUAACGGCCAUAAAAAUAGCGGUGGCUGAGCAAAAGAGAAACAGAAGAGCAAUAAAAUCGUAAUUAUUACCAAAUCGUGUGCGGCGUGUAAAAUGCUGCCGCAUAAACCAGUUCAAAAGAGUGCAUAAAUAAAAGCCGGUGGUUCGUUUGUUCAUUCGUUCGUUCGGUUUACAUUCAAUUAAGCAGCCCAACUAGUUUUCUGUGCGUGUGUGUGUAUGUGUGAGUGCUUAAACGGCUAAAAGCAAAGGAAUUUAUGUUGGCGCAGCAUCGUCACUAAAACAGACAACAAUAGGCGACGACGAAGGAUUCAAAACUGCAGAAGUUGUUUGACCAGUUUUCGUUGUUGCUUUUGUUGUUGUAGUUGAUCACCUUUGCUUCAAUGUGGAGCUGGAGCUGGAGCAGGUAGCAAGGCAGAGCAGAGCGUUGAGAUGCCCUUCGUACAGCGCGUGGUGCAGCCCGUGAAUGUGGCACAAGCCACAGCCGCCAGCUUGGGGCAAGCGGCAACGCGCUUCCAAUGCUCGCCGGGCAAAUGCACGAAUAACAAUUGCAUCAAUAAGCAAACCAACAACGAUGUUGUUGCCAAUAAUGAUGAGACGGAUGCCAGUAUGACCAGAGCUUUGGUACACAAUGUGACCAAUUGCGAUGCGGAUGAUGAACCGCGUCCGCCGGCUGCGCUGCCCAUGAAGAAACUUAAGCAACAUGUCGAGUUUUUGCCCUCCACCUCAUCCGCCGCCUCUGUCUCCGCAUCGACGUCGCCAACACGCACCUCACAAUCGCUGCCCAAUUCACGGCAUGCGAGUCAACAGCGUGCUGGUAAAUUGAAUGGGCACAGCAGCCUUAGUGCACCGCAUUCCCCAACAGCAUCUGGAGCAACAACUCGCGUUAUUUCGGGCUACGAAUUCGAUUCGAUUAGCAACAUUACGCUAAGCAAUGCUUUGAGGCAACUGGCCAGUUUGGUGCUCAUCGCCAGCGACAUUUUCGAUGAUCUGCAGCGUGAUCUGCAGUCGGUGGGCGAGCGGGCGGGGCGAGUGCAGCGCAAGAUUUUGGCGGUGGAGCGACGCGUUUGUGCCUACGAUCCGAAAAUGGUCACAGUUCCUGAAAGCGACCUGCUCACCUUUGCACAACGCAAGCAGCACUUUGAUUCGGACAAGUCAUUCCAGCAGGAGCUCUUCACCCAGGACUCGCGACCCCACAGCGUCCGACAACUGUACAAGGAUGCGGGCAAACAGUUGCUGCUCAUGCCCAUGGCACCAACUACGCCUCUGCGUUCCGUUUCCUUUAACGGGGAUGUCGGAGUUGUCAAUGGCGAUGAUGUCCUGGAUGGUUCCGGUGAAGCGGAGGAGCAAUUGUUGUGCUCGGAUCUGGACUUUGGGAAUGCGAAUCGUAAGCUGCGCACGCGCAUCGAUGCUGAAAUCGAAAUACGUUUGCCCGCUGCCAUCGAGGAUUUGCGGAAAUGGACAUCCAGCGAGGCUCUGGGUGAUGUCACGGUUACGCCCGAUUGCAUGCACCAUGUGGACACAUCGAUCUGCACAUCGCUGGUCAUUGGCGACAAUGGCAUCCUGACGCCCGCUCUUUCUCCGUCCGUUCUCUCCGCCGACGCCCUCGACGCCCAAUAUGCGAUUAACAUUAGCCAAGCGGCGGACAGCAGUUCGCAUCAUCAUCACCAUCAUCAUAAUCAUCAUCAUCAGCAGCAGUUGCUGUUGCCGAACGAUAUCAAUAAAGAUGUGCCUUUGAAUCAUCGACUGCCUUCACCCGAGGAACAAACCAAAAUAAUUGCCUUAAAAUACCCCGCCGAAGUGAUCUCGGUCAACACAUCCGGCAAGCAUUUCCAACGCAUGUGCGCAGCCCGCAAAUCCACCACUGGCUGCUAUGCGGGCGGAGCUGGCUCCACUGCCAAUGGAGCUGUCUCCACUCCCAGCACCAGCGGCGGCAGCCCGGAGGAUAAUCAAAGCGAGGCCAACAAUCUCGAUGACAACGUUCAGACAGUCAGCAGGCGAUCGAGGUCGAGAAAGGUGCGGGGCAAGCGUCGGAAUACGAUAGCGGGCAUUGAUCAAAAGGAGAUACAAGACGCUGCUAAUGGCAAUGCAACAAAGCAGACGCCUUCAGCUGCCACAUCGCCAGCGCCUGUUGCAACAACAAGCGCUGUGGAUGCCACACGGAAAUCGAAGAAAUUCGGACGCAGCAAGUCGAGCGAUCUCUUAAAAAAGGAAUCUGUUGCCUUGCCCUACGACAAAGGAAAGAACACGCUGACACGCCUCAAUUCGCUGAAGCAAUGGGGCCGGAAUCGUUUCAAGUUUAUGCAACGCAAUGGCAACGACGCCGAGUCGAGUCAGUUGGACACCAGCGGAUGCAGUUCGCAGCACAGCAGCAGCAUAGAGAAGUCCGAUUUGCAGAGCAGCCACAGCAGCAAGAGCAACCAUUGCUCCUUGCCAGCGCCUGGCAGCGCCGUCAGCGGAGCUCAAGGCAAAUCCAAGACGCGCGACAUUGAUGAUGAGUGCGUGGUGCACGAUCUGAUUGCCCAGAAGAGUGAAUCACGGUUUUCGCACGAACGAAAACCCUCGUAUUCCUCAUCCGAGAAGAGCAUGAGCGUCUCCAGCAGCGGCCAGCUGCGUGGCAAGCUGCAACUCUCCUCGCUCACAGCGGCCGCACAGGUGAAGAUGCGUGAAACGGCAACGUUGAAUCGUCAGCGACGCAAUUUGCAUCGCUUGGAUGCCGCAGGCAAAGAGGAACAACCGCAUUCCUCCAGCGGCAAUUGGAGUGCCAGCUCGGAAUCGGGACGUGCUUCGAUUGGCAGCGAGAUCACCAUGCAACCCAAGUCGAGUGCUUCGAACACCUCGCUGAAUGUGUCCAGCUUCCAGCCAUGCAGCAGCAGCGGACCGCCUUCCUCCAUGUUGAGCAGGAGACGCUUCCUCAACACCUCCGCCUCGAGCAGUGUGACAAGCGAAGGAACCGCCACACCCGAGUUGCAAGCGGAUGCCGGCGCUUAUCCUAAUCAUCUCGAUGAUGAGACGAGCUCAGCGUAUAGCUGCGACACCGAAGGUUACUACACUUCGUUCCACAUGGACAGCGGACUGCGAACCCUCAAAGAGGAGGAGCCACCGAUGACGCCACUGCAGCAGAGUCUGCACACCAGCAGCUAUUCCUUUGGCAGUCAAUCGAAUCAAACGGUGUUGAAUGCGGAGAACGAAUACGAACUCUAUGGACGUGGUUCUACCUCGACCACAACGAGCUCGGCGGGCACAGUUUGUACUACGCUGAUGCUGAAUGCGGUGAACUGCGUCACAGGACCGGACGUGCCGGAGCGAAGCAGUUCGCUGGGUAAGCACAGCCAGAGUCAGAGCAAUAGUGCGAGCAGCAGCACGCUGGAGCGCAGCUACAGCAGCAGCACAAUCGGCAGCACCUUGGAGCGUACGGGAACGAUUAAGAGGAACUUGAAGUUGUCCAACGGCGGCGAGGAAUCGUUGCAGCAGCAACAGCAGCAGGAUGAACAACGUUCAGCCUUGCCUUUGCCCCAAGACUUGGAGUACUCGGAGUGCUCGGAUCUUGAGGGUGUGGAACGCAUCGAGCGCAUCAAGCAAAAGACCACAAUCAAUGCCAAGCGCAUUCCCUCGAUGUGCAUCAUUACACCAACAACGAGCGACGAUGAUGAACAUCAAUCGCAGACAUCGGAAACGGAAGCGGAACGGACGUUAACCAACCUACAAGUGGAUGUGGAUUCAGAGUGUGAAACCCCGCUAAGUGCAGCCGAGCUAACGCCCACAAACAGCAGCACUAGCAAAGACCACAACCUCAACGAACUUAAGCAGACACCGACAAAAGCUUUGGGCAGCAUGUUUGAAAAGCUGCGCGUUGUGCUGCCGCUAGGAAAAAGCUCGUCGCCUGUUAAACCCGCUGCAGCGAGUGCUGUGGACGAUGAUAAGCUCUACGACUUGGCUGGCGAAUACGUGACCAUAGCAGACAUUAGCAACAACAAUAACAAUAAUAAUAACAGCAAGAAUUUGCGGUACAAUAAGCGAGGUGGCGCCAAAGGGCAAGCAGCGGCUAGUAGCGGCAACAUGGCCAUUUAUUAUUCCAAUGACAUAAUUCGACGGGGGUUAAAGCAACCCUUGUGCUCCGAGUAUGUGUCGCUCAACGAGCUGCCACAGCAUUUGCAACGUCCACAGCCGAAGCAGCCACAAGCCGAGGCAUGCGCAGAACAAGAGCAGCUGCUGUCUGCCACACAACAACAACAGCAGCAGAGACAGCAGCAGCCGACUGAGAGUUGCAACAGUGUGCCCAUGUACGCAGAGAUCAGCGAAUUGCGAGAGGAGAAAUCACUGCUCGGGCAGCGUCGGGUGCGCACGAAUGCCGAGGGACGCAUCAUCUACGAUUCGGACAGUUUGAAGCGACGCAAGGGAGCACACACCACCUUUGCACCUGGGCCGUAUGUGAAGGAAACCGAAAGUGCCCUACAACACAGCAGCAGCGGCAGCGGCAGUGCAACACGAGAGCUUGCCACGGGCGAAAGUGCAACCAGCAACGCCGCAAAAAGCGCCAAAUUAUUAUUGUUAAACAGCGGGCAAUCAGCCAAUCGUAAAGUGGCCAAUGUGCGUCCCAUAGUUUCCAAAUCGCCGCUUAGCAAAACGCCCCCGACAAUGGCAACGUAUCAACAGCAACAACAGCAGUCGGUGAACAACUAUCAGGAACAAAAGCAGUUGCUGGCCAACAACACGAAUCCUUUCUACGAGACUAUUUCGGGAGGAAGCAGCAACAACAUGAUGAUGGCAUCGCCCUCAAGCAAAUCGAAUUCAUCCACGGGCAGCACGGCAACCAACAGCUCAUCCUCGACAGCGACCACAGCAUCGGCGAAUUCAGCGGAAGAAGGGUAUCAACGUUUCUCUAAUAUCUAUGAGCAAGUGCUGCCAAGUGCAACGUUGAAGAACGCACCGCUCCCCACAGCAGAUGCCACGCCCUUCUCGCGCAAUGCCCCCGUCUACUGGACACUGCAGAAUCGUCGCAGCAGCCAAGCGAAGGCAGCAGCCGCAGGAGCAUUGCCCGGCGGCAAUGUGACCACGUGCCGUGAUGAUCUCUAUGCCACGCCCAUACGACGAGCGGAUCGCUUGGCCCGUGCAGCCGCCUCCAAUGGCGAUGCAGGCGGUCGCAGCAACAUAUCGCCCAUUGUGCCAAGGAAUGGCAACGGCAGCUUCCUCACCUCAACGCCCACACGCGACUCCAAUGCCUCGGAGAAUGUGCCUCCGAUGAAGCAGCCAGCACGCAACUGGAGCCAGGAUGAUGCUCCUGAGCGUUUGGGCACUUGUGCCGAUCGCAUUGGUCAGAGCAAGACGACGCUGAUGGACUUUAAGAAGCUGUUGCUGGCCAAAUCGGCCAAGACGAGUCCCGUGCAGCGCAAAGUCUCAGCCGUGGAGCUGCUGAAGAAGGCGCCAGCUGGCAGCAACAAUGCGCCGGCGGCGUUGAGCCAAAAGCCAAGCCAAACAUCGACGCCUGGUGCGUCGAAGCCAACAGCGUUGAACUCCAGUUUGAAGCUGCUCGAUCUGAGCGGUUCGCCAAAGACGUUUGCCAAUCGCCGAAUGCUGCGCCAGGGACAAUUCGGUUCACCCUCAAAGACUUUUGCCCCCAAGAUUCGAAGCAACAGCGCCGCAGCCGUUGCCUCCGUUGUGCCACGCACAGACAUCAUGUCCAGCACCAUACUGGAGGCCAACAGCGAGGAGGAUCACUCCAACAACAGUGGCGGAUCACGUGCCAGCCUCGAGGCAGCGAAUGAAACUGCUGCUCGCACCGUGGCCAGCACAACAAGUCCCAGUUCGGUGGCUGUUUCCAGUUUCGAUUUGAAGCGCAAUUUCUUUCUGCAAACGGAGGAGAACAAUUUCAUGCGCGGCGAGCUGAAGCCGAGCUUUGGCAGGACUAAUGGAGCAGCUGGCAAUGUGGAGAGCAACAACAAGUUUGUGAACGCAGCGAGUGCAUCGUUGCCGGCCUUCGAGACGGCGCUGUAAGAGAAUCGAGCGGGUCAAACCCGUCGAGAGAGUUGGAGAGAUGGUCAUCAAUAUACAUUAAACAAAAAAAUACAUAUGCAUACAUACAUAAUGAUACCACUUACUAUAACUAUAGAUCUAUUCCAUAAGCAAACGUAACGAUAACGAGUUAAGCAAUCCCCCCAAACAAAUUCGUAACCGAAUUCGAGACUUCAAAACCCACACAAAAAACAAAAAAAAAAACGACGCUGAAAAAACGCAUUUACUUAUAGAUAUGAAUAUAAAUGAAUUGAAUGCCAAGUC